AUGUUCCUCUCACGGGGGCCAGGGGCUCUCUGUGUGUACAGACAUCCUGGGGCCGGUCGGAUUUUUGCACUUCGAUUUCUUACCACGAGGUCCUACGAUCCCCUUCGUAUUCUCUUCUGCGGGUCGGAUGAGUUCAGCAUCGCUUCCUUGAAAGCUCUCCAUAAAGAGCAUUCUCCCAUAGUUCCUAUAAAAGCGGCCGCAACGGAACUGUCACUUCCAAUCCAUGAGAUCGACACAUUUAGAGGCUGGACGCUGCCCACAUUGGCCGGGGGUCCUAUCAAUCUGAUAGUGGCUGUAUCAUUUGGAUUAUUUGUGCCAGCGCGCAUUUUGAACGGCGUACAAUAUGGAGGGCUGAAUGUCCAUCCUUCAUUACUUCCCGACCUCCGUGGUCCUGCACCUCUACAUCAUACACUCUUGGCUGGCAGAACCAGGACCGGGGUUACUCUUCAGACGUUAGAUCUCAAGCGGUUCGAUCAUGGCGUCAUUCUUGACCAGACCCCCUCUCCCGGAUUUGAAAUACCAAACCCAGAUUCAUGUACAGUCCCACAGCUCCUGGAUUUCGUUGCCCCAAAGGGGGCGCGGAUGCUUGUUGAUGGUAUUAGGAAAGGGGUAUUUGUUCCCCCGGUAGACGAACACCGCUGGUGCCCAUCGGAAGGAGAUAAACCAUUGAUCCAUGCAGCCAAGAUUCAAACAGAGGACCGACAUAUCGACUGGGCAAAUUGGACCUUGGCCGAGGUCAAUAAGCGGAAACGCGUCCUGGGUCCACUUUGGAGCAAAGCUCUGGUAGCCAAGGACCAUUCUGCUGGCGUUCCAUCCUUCCAACAGCGACGGAUAAUUUUUACAGAAAUGGAGGAAGUGCAACCCACGCCAGAUUCUCGAGCUUUCUCUCUUGUUCCGGGAUUGCCGUUUGUGGAUGGCAUCGCUCCGAUUGAGCCUCGAGAAGGGAAAAGCCUGUAUGUUUUCACCCAGGAUGGAAAACUGGUGCGCGUGGAUCAAAUGAAAGUGGAAGGAGAGCCAAAUGCAGAUGCUGUUCGAGCUGCCUUCAAAGCUCGGAUGGUCGGAGAUCGAACAUUUUCCUCAGGCACCUCCAAAUAUACGCCGUUCUACAACCCACUACAAUAA